UUGGGAAUUAAAAAUGUGCGUGUGCCAAUGUGUGCAUAUGUUCCGUAUAUAUAUCCGUAUUAUCUGCAAUGCAAAAAGCUUCCAGUCAUUAACGCCAAAGCUUCCUUGUGAAAACUGACAGAAGCAUUGAAAUUGGAUACCGAAUAUGUUGAUUUCCGCCUCCCCUUAGCCCCAUGCGGCGGAGAAGGCAGAGCACCAGCACACCAAAAGCCGGCCGCUGGGGACAACGACUUCCCCUGCCUGCCCUUUAUUAUGCAUUCCAAACCGUACCCGUUUCCUCCCCGUACCAUUUUAACGUUAGUUCAUCAGGUUAAUGGGCCAAACAACAUGCCGGGGCUCGCCGCCGUGAAGUAGGGCAUCAUAUAUCCUAUAUGGGCUGCGUUCAGGGCAAGGAAACGCCGGCGAGGAGGCUUCAGAGUUUGAAACAAGAAUAUGAUUAUGCCCGCCCUAAUCGGAGAGAUAAUGUGAAUAGGGUUUCAAGGCAAGAAGGGAAUGGGAAUGGUAGGGAGAGAAGGAUUCAAGAUGUUGAUGAUCAAAGAGGUAUAAACAACAAUAAUAAUAAUAAUAAUAAAAGCAAUCUCAGUAACAUUAGUAGUGUUCUACAAAGGCUUCCGCCUAGAAAAAUUGGAGGAGAUGAAUUGGUGGAUGGGUGGCCCAAAUGGCUUGUUGACAACAUUCCUAAAGAUGUUUUGGAUGGUUUGCAACCAAAGAGUGCAGAUUCUUAUGAUAAGCUUUCCAAGGUAGGGCAGGGAACAUACAGCAAUGUAUAUAAAGCUAGAGAUAGGAAUAGUGGGAAAAUUGUUGCCCUGAAGAAGGUGAGGUUUGAUACAUCAGAGCCAGAGAGCGUGAAGUUCAUGGCAAGAGAGAUCAUAAUACUGCAGAAGCUGAACCACCCCAACAUUAUAAAGCUGGAAGGGGUUGCCACUUCAAGAAUGCAGUAUAGUCUCUACUUGGUUUUCGAUUUCAUGCCUUCUGACUUGUCAACAAUCAUCACUCGCCCUGAUGCUGCACCCCUCACUGAACCACAGGUGAAGUGUUACAUGCAGCAAUUACUCUCAGGGCUGCAGCAUUGCCAUGAGAGGGGAAUACUUCACAGAGACAUCAAAGGAUCCAACUUGCUGAUAGACAAAGAUGGGAGACUGAAAAUUGCAGAUUUUGGGCUUGCAAAUUUUUUCCAGUCCAAAUCAAAGAAGCCUCUCACCAGCAGAGUUGUGACGCUGUGGUAUAGGGCGCCGGAGUUGCUGUCUGGCGCCACCGAUUACGGCGUAGGGGUUGACCUUUGGAGCGCCGGAUGCCUUCUCGCCGAGAUGUUCCAUGGCCGCCCCAUCAUGCCCGGUAGGAAUGAGAUAGAGCAACUACACAAGAUAUUCAAGCUAUGCGGAUCUCCCUCGGAGGAUUACUGGAAGAAGGCGAAGUUGCCGGCGAGCUUCAGACCGGCCCAGCCGUACAAGCCUUCUUUCCACGUGGCGUUACCUGAUUUGCCUGAGUCUUCCUACGGCCUCUUGUCAAAACUCCUCUGUAUUGAACCUGCUUACCGUGGCUCUGCUGCCUCCGCUCUCCAAAAUCAAUUCUUCCGAACGAGUCCAUUAGCUUGUGAUCUUUCUGGGUUGCCCGCCAUGAAGGUUGAUGUGGAUGUGAUCAACUCUAAUGAUCGCAGAAGGAGCAAGACAUCAAGAACGAAACAGUCUCGCAGAAGCCGUGAAAAGAGUGAGAGAAGAAGACCGUCUAUUACUGACCUUGUUAAGGAAGAGAUUGCUUCUUCCAAAGAGGAAAAGCAAGGAGACUCAAGCAUGCAGAGCCAAGAACUGGAGCACAGCGCAAGCAGCAGUGCUUCUUCGAUAAGCGUGAAACGCAGCGGUAGAAAAAGAGAGUACCCUCCAUCGCCGCCUGGUUUCAAGUUCCGGAGCUACGACGAGUCGUCGAGGACUGAGGCGCAUCCCAAUGCCCUCAAGAACAUCAAGAACUACCCCAUCUUGCUUGCUUCCAUUACUGAGGCUGCCAAGCAUUAUGAAGAUAAUAGGCUGGGUUACCGCAGAUCCAUCUCCACCGUCGAUUUCAGAGACAAUGAUCUUCAGAACAUCUCUAAGUUCUUUGGCAUGGAAAAUCAUCAUUGAAAUUAAACCACUUUCUGCUCUGUCAAUUCUCUCUCUCCUUUUUUCUAUCAACCAUGUAUACAAAUGUUUAGUAAGGAGUAAUUAAUAAGAGCAACCUCAUUAAGUUA